AACAUGGGUUCCUCUACUAUAAAUACUACGCACUAACCUGCGACACUGUAAGACUAGGAGGACUUCGCUCCUUUUUUCCGGGUUAAAUGUUCCCGAAAGGUGUUCCAAAGGAUCUGGUGAGGGGCCCCUGCUGCGAGAUGAGACAGAUUGUGUUUGUAAUUCCAGCGGGCUGGUCUGCAGCCAGUGUUUCCCAUGAGUGUUCCAGUUCCUGUGCCAUGCAAGCGGGAGUCACUGUUCUGCAGUCCAAAAGGUGGCGAGCUCCUGACGACGUCAAACAAUGGCAUCGCUCAGCUCGGGCCUUCUGGACCAGCCCGAGGAGUGCCAAAGGCCCAGCCGGGGGUCCAGGGCCAUGGCUAUGGGGGUCAGCGGGUGCGCUUCGGCCCGGCUCCAGCGCACCGUGCUCACGGAAGAUGUGUAAUAGCGCCCCCUACACGUAUGCAGUGAAAACACUGAUGGCGGGCAAAGAGUUAAAGUGUUCUGCACUGGGAUCUCACGGCAGCUCAGGGCCCCCAGAAGAGCCAUUUCCACUCGCUGAAAUCCAGUCUCCCUCCAAUCUCAAAGCCACCACAAAUUACCAUUCCUCUCCACCAGAACCCCUGCCAGACAGUGUCUCCGGCUGUACAAAGACAGGCAAUUUUCUUUUAAUAUUGGAAUGUAGUAUUUGGAAACUUCUGCCUAUUACACGUUUCAUUCUGGGGUGUUUCACAAGAUUCAGGGGUAAUAAUAAUAAGCGAUUUAUGAGAAACACUGUUUAAAGUGGACCGGACAGAGCACCAUAACACUUAAGCCAUUCAGCAGUAGGGGGUGUGUCGUGGUUAUGCAGUAGAAAUGUGAAAAAGAUUAAGAGAAAAAAAAAAUGGGCUGUUGGGUUCCAUUUUGCCAAAAAUACCCAUAAUGCACUUUUGAAUUUGACACCACCCCCUUGUUGAGCCGACAGUAGUUUAAUUUGUAGUUUUAACUAAAAGACCUAGAACAGUCAAAAUCGUGUGAUGCAAAAUGAUGCAGUUGGUGUCAUCCAAAAACUAUGGAAGCUUGUUUCCGCCACAGAAUAAAAAAUAAAAAAGGUUU